AUGAAUUCGAUCCCAGAAAUGGAGAGCUCGAACUCUGAAUACGCAAGUUUCAACAACAUAGGCAACACCAGCACAACCAACACAACUAUGUCAGUCUCAAACUCAUCAUCGCCAUCCUCCACCACUCCAAGUCGGUAUGAGAAUCAAAAGCGCCGAGACUGGAACACCUUUGGUCAAUACCUCAAGAACCACAGGCCCCCUCUUUCUCUCUCCAGGUGUAGUGGUGCUCAUGUCCUUGAAUUCCUUCGCUACCUUGACCAAUUUGGCAAGACCAAAGUGCACACACCAAUCUGCCCUUUUUAUGGCCACCCAAACCCACCAGCCCCCUGCCCCUGCCCUCUCCGCCAAGCCUGGGGCAGCCUUGAUGCGCUUAUUGGACGCCUCCGGGCAGCCUUUGAGGAAAAUGGAGGGAAACCUGAAGCAAACCCUUUUGGAGCUCGUGCUGUUAGGCUUUAUCUUCGCGAGGUUCGUGAUUUACAGUCUAAAGCAAGAGGGAUUAGCUAUGAGAAAAAGAAGCGUAAGCGUCUACCACAGCAACAAAUCCAAGCCCUGCCACUACCACCACCACCAGGCGCUACUUAA